AUGCACCAUGACCAUAACGUCAUAGAAGGGUACGACAUCCAUCCAUGUGCUGCCCGCUGUGCUGACAUCCAUCCAUGUGCUGCCCGCUGUGCUGACAUCCAUCCAUGUGCUGCCCGCUGUGCUGACAUCCAUCCAUGUGCUGCCCGCUGUGCUGACAUCCAUCCAUGUGCUGCCCGCUGUGCUGACAUCCAUCCAUGUGCUGCCCGCUGUGCUGACAUCCAUCCAUGUGCUGCCCGCUGUGCUGACAUCCAUCCAUGUGCUGCCCGCUGUGCUGACAUCCAUCCAUGUGCUGCCCGCUGUGCUGACAUCCAUCCAUGUGCUGCCCGCUGUGCUGACAUCCAUCCAUGUGCUGCCCGCUGUGCUGACAUCCAUCCAUGUGCUGCCCGCUAUCACUGGGGUCCACCCAUGCUGUCUCCACCAUGA